AUGAAGACGAAUAAAGCUAAAGCCUCUGUCUCCUUCUUCCUUCUCAUGAUGUUGUUAAUAAGCUCUUGUUCGGCUUUCAACAUCACCAAGCUCCUCGAAAAGGAAGACGAUUUCAGCAACUUCAACCAGCAGCUCUCCCAGACCAAAAUCGCCGACCAGAUCAACAAGCGAAGCACCAUCACCGUCCUCGCCGUGGACAACAGCGCAAUAGGCGGUCUAGGUGACGACAGCUCCGUGACGAAGGCGAUCAUGAGCGUCCACGUCAUCCUCGACUACUACGACAAGGAGAAGCUGACCAAGCAUGCCAAGACCAACAAGAGCGCCAUGCUGACGACGCUGUACCAGACCUCCGGGUUGGCUAAGAACCAACAGGGCUUCCUCCGAGUAGCAGCCGACGACGGUGAGAUUACUUUCGGGUCGGCAAGCAAGGGUGGACAAAUGAACUCCAAGCUGGUCAAGUCUGUGACAGCUCAGCCCUUCAACAUUUCCGUGCUUCAGGUUAGUUCCAUCAUAGAGGUUCCCGACAUUAAUGCUAAUCCUUCCCCCGAAAAGGCUCCGGCACCGAAGAGGGGAAAGCCUCCGAGUUCGUCCGACGACGCCGACAGUCCCUCCGACGACGACUCUGACAGUCCCUCCGACGACACAGCCGACAGUCCCGGGGACGACUCGGACUCGGAGGCUCCCAGUCCGUCGAAGCACCAUACACCACCCAAGCCUAAGGAUGAUACGUCAGAUUCGCCAUCGUCGAGUCCAGCGCCUGCGCCCGGUAAGAGUGAUGCACGCGCCACCGCUGCGGAGAUGGGCGUUGGGGUUGUUGCUAUGGGGUUAGUUUCGGUGUUAGUUGCCUUCUUUUGA